GUAAUUAAAAGAGGAAAAACGGAGGAGGUAUAUAUAAAGCAGUAAUCUUCAACAGUUUUUCUUCUUCUUCAAUCAACUCCACGGCGCAGAUCCGAGGAGUUUUUUUUUGUUUGAAUCUUUCGUCUCUCUCUCUCACGUCUUGAAUUUGCUAAUAACAGUCAUGGCAGGAAUGGCAUCUGAAGGAACUCAAUAUGAUCCUCGCCAGUUUGAUACCAAGAUGAACGCCAUACUCGGUGAGGAAGGACAGGAAACUUUCUACACCACCUAUGACGAAGUCUGCGAUAGCUUUGAUACCAUGGAACUCAGGUCUGACCUUCUCCGGGGUAUCUACGCCUAUGGUUUUGAGAAGCCUUCUGCUAUUCAGCAGAGAGGAAUCAUCCCAUUCUGCAAGGGCCUCGACGUGAUCCAGCAAGCCCAAUCCGGAACCGGCAAAACCGCCACCUUCUGCUCCGGCGUCCUCCAGCAGCUCGACUACACUCUCGUCCAAUGCCAAGCCCUCGUUCUAGCCCCCACCAGAGAACUCGCCCAGCAGAUCGAGAAAGUCAUGAGGGCACUCGGCGACUACCUCGGCGUCAAGGUCCACGCCUGCGUCGGCGGGACGAGCGUCCGCGAGGACCAGCGCAUUCUCCAGUCUGGUGUCCACGUCGUCGUCGGCACACCUGGUCGCGUCUUCGACAUGCUUCGCAGGCAGUCUCUCCGCGCGGACGCCAUCAAGAUGUUUGUUCUCGACGAAGCCGACGAGAUGCUCUCUCGCGGCUUCAAGGAUCAGAUCUACGACAUCUUCCAGCUUCUCCCUUCGAAAGUCCAGGUCGGCGUCUUCUCAGCCACCAUGCCGCCUGAAGCGUUGGAGAUCACGAGGAAGUUUAUGAGCAAACCGGUGAGGAUUCUCGUCAAGCGCGACGAGCUGACUCUCGAAGGUAUCAAGCAGUUUUACGUCAACGUUGACAAAGAAGAGUGGAAGCUCGAGACGCUGUGUGAUCUCUACGAGACGCUGGCUAUUACGCAGAGUGUUAUCUUUGUGAACACUAGGCGUAAGGUUGAUUGGUUGACUGAUAAAAUGAGGAGCCGUGACCAUACGGUGUCGGCGACGCAUGGAGAUAUGGAUCAGAACACGAGAGACAUCAUCAUGAGAGAGUUCAGGUCGGGAUCUUCGCGUGUGCUGAUCACCACUGAUCUUCUUGCGCGUGGUAUCGAUGUUCAGCAAGUGUCUCUGGUGAUUAACUUUGACCUGCCGACGCAGCCGGAGAAUUACCUUCACCGUAUCGGGAGGAGUGGGAGGUUUGGGAGGAAGGGAGUGGCGAUUAACUUUAUGACGACGGAGGAUGAGAGGAUGAUGUCUGAUAUUCAGAAGUUUUACAAUGUGGUUGUUGAGGAGUUGCCUAACAAUGUUGCUGAUCUUCUCUGAGUCUUUUUUUUUUUUUUUUUUUUACUGUUGCGGCGGCUUGGUAAUUUCUUUCUUUUUUUACCCUCCUUUUUUGGUAAAAUGAGAUGAAAACUCAUCUCAUGACUUCUUUUGUUUUGUUGGCACUUUAAGAUUUUCGGUUUAAUGUUAUGACUUCUUUGCUAACUUGACUCACAAGGAUAGUCUCAGACUGGAAGGUUUACUUA